AAAUUGUAGUACUUUUGUAUGGUGAGUGUUGCAAAAAAAUCAAAAUUUUGUGUGAGAUUUCUAUCUGUGGUGGGUGAUAAUAAGGAUUCCCACAUUUUUAUUUACAACACAUUUCUUUCUUCUUGAUCUAUCAUAUUAAUAACCAUUAAUCAUGUUUGAAAUCACUUCCUUGUUAGUAUUAAAUGAUAGAUUGAUCAUUAGAGUUGAUCAUGAAAGCUUUAAAGAUGAUUUAAGUAGUGGAGUUACAACCGUUUCUACAACUUAUCCAAGUUCAAAUAAUUUAAAAUUUGAAAUGGCAACCGAUACUUUAAUUCAAUUAAUCGAUCAAUUAGAAGCCAAUCAAUAUCAAUUAGAGAAAGUUGAUGAAUUAGAUAUGUUGGAACCAUCUAAUUGUAUCUACAUUUUAUGUGAAAAGUUGAUUAAUUAUCAAAUGUGGUCAUUAGAUAUAUUAGGUUCAGAAUUUAAUUUACAAUCAAUGUUUAAUUUAUCAAUCAAUUUAUUUAAUAAUAAUUUAAUCCGUAUCGUGGGUGAUUGUUGGGUAUCAUAUGAAUUGGAUUUAUUAAAUCAACAAUCUGAGAUUGAUUAUCUGUCGGUUAUGAAUAAGAUUUGUCAAAUCAAAUCUCAACAGUUUAGUUUCUCUCCCAGAUUAAAUUCUUUCCAAACUGAUUUAAUUUCUAUCGAUAAGUUAAGACAUUCAAAACCUGCACCACCUUAUAGAUUUGGUAUUAAUAGAUCUAUCACAAAUGGCAAUGGUUAUGGGUAUGGUAAUGAUGAAAAUGAUGAUGGAAUAAUGAAUGCAGAGCCUGCUUUCAAAGUGGUUACUUCCAGAGUGUCCUUAAAACAAAGGGAAGUAAGUUGUUUGAUUGGUAAAAAUGGUGAUAGAUUAAAUGCCUUGCGUUACGAGUCGAAAUGUUUGAUAAAAGUGUUACCUAUCGCAUCUUUAGAUUCAAAUUCAACCGUUACAGCUCUUACAACCACUGCCACCCCAAAUUUUCAAAGAGUAACCACCACAACUUUAUCCAUUUCAAGAAGAGAUAUCCUUCAAUCUAUACUCAUCAGAGGUUAUCAAUCCAACGUUGAUCAUGCUUUGAAAUCAAUUCAAAAUAUCAUUGUAAAUUAUCGAAAUAGUGAUUCAAAAUUUAUUUGAUUGCAAAAUUAACAUGGGGUCAAUUGCCGGGUAAAUCUCCCAUCCCAUAGUAAAUUUGAGACUGUCAUAGAAUUUUUAAUCAUGUACCAUCAAAUGGCCAUAACAUCCAAACUGCAAUAAUUAACAUAAGAUGAUGAAGUGAGGGAUCACUAAAGCCAAAA